AUGGGUAUAACAGAAGCAUUCUCCAAAUUUGUAGUUGAAUUUUUACAAGCAUUCAAAAACUCACCAGGAAACUCAGUGCCUCAUCGUGAUCACCUUGAUCAAAAUCAUCAACAGAAUAUGCUCAAGCUCGACAAAAGGAUGAUUCGAGCUCUCGUUACUGUCUUUGGAAUGGAAAGAAAUGGAAGAAUCAAGAAGGAAAAUGCUAGGCAAGUGGUGGAGAAGCUUGGUUUGAUCUAUGGUUCUGAUCACAAAGAAAACAAGGCUUUUCAAGAUGAUGAUGAAGAAGAAGUGGUUGUUGAAGAGGUGCUUGGUGAAUUGGAAGAUAUGUCAAAGAGAAGUGAGUUAUUGCUUGAAGCUUUCAAAAUAUUUGAUGAGGAUGGUGAUGGAUAUAUAGAUGCAAUGGAGUUGAAGAGAGUGCCUGAUUGCUUGGGUUUGGAUAAAGGUUGGGAUAUGAAUACAAUUGAAAGGAUGGUUAAGGUUGUUGUUUUGAGCUUAUGUGGAAAAGUUGAUUCCGGUGAGUUUGAAUUGAUGAUGGGAUAGUACUUUACCAGUCUGUUCAU